UGUUAAGACGUCGCCUAGGCGUCGCCUAGGCGUCGCCUAGGCGGCAAGGCGGUAAAAAAUGUGAAGGCGUCCGACCCGUCUUGAUUUUUAGUGGGUAGGCGACGCCCAGGGCCGCCUAGGCGGAUAAGACGACGCCUUUCUCGCCUUUUCUCGUCUAAUUCGUCUUAGUUUCUGACCCGGUCCAGCCCAAAUAAUUUUUGGCCCGGUCCAGCCCAAUUAUCCAGGCCCAGCCCAACACGUGUAUCUUAUAACUUAUAUGUUAUAACAGCAGCCGUCAUAACCCUAAUUUUCAACGAACUAGAGAGAGAAACACGAGACUACUGGAUAGAAAUUAAUCAAUCAGUGUUUGUAAUGGCUGAAUCCGGAAAGAGUAAUGAAGUAAUUGAUCCCAAAACUGAUCCUAAACAUAAGGCUAAGUCAAUUGAUCCCGGAUGGAAGUAUGGAUAUUGGCCUGAUCCAGAAGUGAAAGGCUGUAUUGAAUGUAUUCUUUGUGGAAAACAAGUAAAACAGGGGAUCAAUAGACUCAAGCAACACUUGACUGGUAAUUAUGCCGAUAUAAGCAAGUGUCCGAAUGCAACAACUGAAAUCAGGAGAGAAAUGCAAGAAGCGUUGAUAAGCAAGAAAAGGAAACAACCUGUCAUGUUAGAUGACUAGGGUGAUGAAGGCAGUGACGAGGUUCAAGAGAUAUCAGGCCAUACUACUCAAUCAACCGGCGCCUCUGCAUUUUUUCCCGUUCCAAGUUCUGGGACUUCUGCAAAAAGAAAAAGAGCAGGAACUCUCUAUGAGUUUGCAAAACCUCAAGCUCCACCUCCAAAGCCUACAAAAACCAUUGCAUCUAUCUUAAGGAAGACUCCUGAAGAAGUUGUUCAGGAUAGGCAUCGCAAGGAUUUAAAACAAACUACUUUGGACAAUAUUCGGAGGACACCUGAAGAAAAGGAAAGGGUGCAUAUACACAUUGCAAAGUUCUUCUACGCAUGUGGAAUACCGUUUAAUGCUGCAAACUCGAGACAUUAUGAAGUGAUGAUUGAGUCAGUGGGCCAAUAUAGACCUGGUUUAGUUCCUCCAUCUUAUCACCAACUAAGAGUCCCUUUGCUUGAAAAGGUGAAGAAACAAACUGACCAGCUACGAUUGAAACAUGAAAGUGCUUGGAAAAAAUAUGGAUGUACCCUCAUGUCAGAUGGAUGGACAGAUAGAAGAGGCAGGCACCUGAUUAAUUUCCUUGCAAAUAGCCCAGAUGGAACAUUUUUUAUGGGUUCCAUGGAUGCUUCGAGUGAGUCACACGAUCAUUUGAUGUUGGCAGACUUGUUACAAGCCAAAAUUGAAGAGAUUGGAAAGGAGUAUGUGGUUCAAAUCGUAACUGAUAAUGGUGCUAACUACAAGAAGGCAGGUCAAUUACUAACAACGGAAAGAUUCCCACCAAUGUUCUGGACUCCUUGCGCUGCUCACUGCAUAGAUUUGAUGUUGGAGGAUGUCGGUAGCUACAAAGUAUUUGAUGCCACAAUCAAGAACGCAAAAAGGAUAACAACAUUUAUUUAUAGGCAUGGUCGUCUUCAUAAUGCAAUGAAGGUUAAAACAGGAGGCAGAGAACUUGUGAGACCUGGAGUGACUAGAUUUGCCACAUCUUUUCUCACACUGCAGUGUUUAUUCAAAUUCCAAGAUGCAUUGAGGUAGCUCUUUGUAAGUGAGGACUGGAGCAGGUCAAGUUUGGCUAAAACAGAGGCUGGAAAACAGGUUUAUGACUUGAUUAUGUCAACUGCACUAUGGAAUAAUAUUGCAAAUUGUAUCAGGACUGCACAACCGCUUCUUGUUGCCUUGAGAGUAGUCGAUGCUGAUGAACAACCAGCAAUGCCAGAACUUGUUGUUGCUAUGGAACAUGCCAAGAAAACUAUCAAAGAUUCUUUUGAAAACAAUGCAUCACUUUGCAAAUUUGUUAUUGACAUCAUUGAGAAACGCUGGGAUACGCAGAUGGGGGUUCAAAUACAUGCUGCUGGUUUGUUUGUUAAAUCCUGGAAAGUUCUUUGACAUACAAGAGAAAGACUAUCGUAGUGCUUGCAAACUCCGGGAAGAUUUCAAUGAUGUUUUGGAGAAGAUGGUGCCUGAUAUUGAGACUAGGAAUUUGCUAAGUAACCAAAGUGAUAACUACGAGCAUACGAGAGAGAACUUUGCAAGACAAAUGGCAAUUGAUCAAAGAAAAACGAAGAGUCCUCUUGACUGGUGGAGUGCUUUUGGGGGUCCCGCACCUGACCUAGCAAUGAUAGCGAAACGGAUUGUUGGCCUUUGCUGCUCUUCAUUAGGCUGUGAGCGAAAUUGGAGCACCUUUGAGUUUAUUCACACUAAAAGAAGAAAUCGCUUGGAACAUAAGAGGCUGAAUGAUCUCGUGUAUAUCCAGUACAAUGAAAAGAUUGCAGAGCGAUUCCAAAAGCGCCGUGAGCUUGGAGAUAAGUUCGAUCCAAUUGCGCUCGAAGACUUUAACUGGAGUGGUGAAUGGGUAAAUAAUGCAGAUGGUGAUUCUGUUCAUCCUGGAGAAGAUCUGCUAUGGGAACAUGUUGUUAUAGCUGCUGGUCCGGCAAGUGCAGUGCGUAAUCUUCGUAAUAGAAAUCGUGAUAAAGGUGGCGAAACUAAUACAAACACCAGGGAGAUUUUAACAUAUAAUCGACAUCGUAAUGGUGCAGGUUCUUCUCGUGCGCACACUUCACGUACUUUUCACUUGCACGAUUUUGAAAGUGAAGAAGAAGUCCAGGACAAUGACAUAUUGUCAAAUGAAAAUGAUGACGAAGAUAUUGAUGAUGAUUACGGGGAAAUACCGAGUGCAACUCAAAGUCGACCCGGAAAUGAAGAACAACCUUUUCUUGAUGAUUUUAUCAUCUAGUUUAUCAUAGUUUUCUUGUAGAAAUUACUAGAUUUGUAUGUUUUAGACCUGUUCCUCUUAACUUUAUAUAAUAUUUACUUUUGGUAUUUAAUUAUAGUUAAUCUAUGCUAUUUUAUUAUAACAUAUAAAUAUAUGUAUAUAAAAAAUAUAAUCAAUAUAUUAUUAAACGUAUAAUCCGUCUAAUUACCGCCUAGGCGCUCGCCUAACCGCCUAGGCAGUUAGGCGGUGGACUAUCGUCUAGCCUCGCCUUUACGCCUUAACAAGUAUGAUCCAAAUGAAAGAUCUUGAGUUCUAGUAUUUUAGAUAAUAUUUUCAGAUUUUUAGAAAUUAAUCUACUAUUUCUUCUUAUUUAAAUCAAAUAAGAAAAAAUAAAAAAAUUAUAAAUAUAUAGUUAAUAAAAUUUUAAAAAUCUAACCAAUUUUAUCUAAAAUACUAGAACUAAGAAUCUUUCAUUUGGAUGUAAUAUCAUUCAUAAAAAUGUGCGAAACUCAAUAUAUAAUACUUUAAGAAUUUCGCCUAACGAUAGAGUGAUAUUUUUGAUAAAAUUUUUCAAAUGAAUGAUACAUUUCAGUCAAAUUU